CCCCCGAGCAGGACGCGGCGCUGGCCCGCCGCUUCGGAGCCCUGGCGGCGCGCGUGGACGCAGCCGAGUGGGCCGCGUGCGCCGGCUACGCGCUCGACCUGCUGUGCCAGGGCUCACAGUCCUGCCCCAGGAGGGCCUGACUACCCUGCAUUCCAGAUCGUGCCCAUGCGGGCCCUGAAUGGGGUCCCCGGUGUCUCAUCAGCGGGGGAGCCCUCGGCAGGAGGCCAGGGAAGCCAAGGGCGGCCGAUCCAUCUGUCCCCCGAGGAACACUACACUGGCAGCCCGGUGGCAGAGGACCAUCCAGGACCCUGCCCCAGGAAUGCUCACCCUACGCCGCCCACCUGUACGACGCCGAGGACCCGUCCACGCCGCUGCGCACGGUGCCGGGGCUCUGCGAGGACUACUGUCUGGACAUGUGGCAGACGUGCCGGGGCCUCUUCCGCCACCUGUCGCCCGACCGGGAGCUCUGGGCCCUGGAGGGCAACCGCGCCAAGUUCUGCCGCUACCUGUCGCUGGACGACACGGACUACUGUUUCCCGCGCCUGCUGGUCAACGAGAACCUCAACUCGAACCUGGGCCGCGUGGUGGCCGACGCCAAGGGCUGCCUGCAGCUGUGCCUGGAGGAGGUGGCUAACGGGCUGCGCAACCCCGUGGCCAUGGUGCACGCGCGGGACGGCAGCCACCGCUUCUUCGUGGCCGAGCAGGUGGGGCUGGUGUGGGCCUACCUGCCCGACCGCUCGCGGCUGGAGAAGCCCUUCCUGAACGUCAGCCGGGCGGUGCUCACCUCGCCCUGGGAGGGCGACGAGCGGGGCUUUCUGGGCAUCGCCUUGCACCCCGGCUUCCGGCACAACGGCAAGCUCUACGUCUACUACUCAGUGGGGGUCGGCUUCGACGAGUGGAUCCGCAUCAGCGAGUUCAGGGUCUCCGCGGACGACAUGAACACCGUGGACCACAACUCUGAGAGGAUAAUCCUGGAGAUCGAAGAACCAGCCUCCAACCACAACGGGGGCCAGCUGCUAUUUGGGGACGACGGGUACCUGUACAUCUUUACUGGUGACGGCGGGAUGGCCGGAGACCCCUUUGGCAAAUUUGGAAAUGCCCAAAACAAGUCGGCGCUGCUGGGCAAGGUGCUGCGCAUCGACGUGGACCGCAACGAGCGCGGCCCGCUCUACCGCAUCCCGCGCGACAACCCGUUCGUGGACGACCCCGCCGCGCGGCCCGAGGUCUACGCGCUGGGCGUGCGCAACAUGUGGCGCUGCUCGUUCGACCGCGGCGACCCGGCCACCGGCGCGGGCCGCGGGCGCCUCUUCUGCGGAGACGUGGGCCAGAACAAGUUCGAGGAGGUGGACCUGGUGGAGCGCGGCCGCAACUACGGCUGGCGCGCCCGCGAAGGUUACGAGUGCUACGACCGCAAGCUGUGCGCCAACGCCUCCCUCGAUGAUGUCCUGCCGAUAUUCGCCUACCCGCACAAACUGGGCAAAUCGGUCACCGGAGGCUACGUGUACCGGGGCUGUGAGUACCCCAACCUAAACGGCCUCUACAUUUUCGGCGAUUUUAUGAGUGGGCGUCUGAUGUCCCUCCGAGAGAACCUGGAGACGGGCCAGUGGCGCUACAGCGAGAUCUGCAUGGGUCGAGGCCAGACCUGUGCGUUCCCAGGCCUCAUUAACAACUACCACCCUCAUAUCAUCUCCUUUGCAGAGGAUGAAGCUGGGGAGCUGUACUUCAUGUCAACGGGCGUGCCGAGCGCCGCAGCGGCCCGUGGGGUUGUCUACAAAGUGAUCGACCCUUCCAGACGGGCACCACCCGGCACGUGCCAGAUCCAGCCUUCCCGGGUGAAGGUGAGGAGCCGCCUCAUCCGUUUCGUGCCCAAAGAAAAGUUCAUCCGGAGGGAGGAGAGCACCCCACGGCCCACAGCGCGUGCACCCACCAAGGCGCCCCGCCGCAGCCGCCCCACGACCGCUCGGCCCGCGCCCACCCCGCGGCCCGCCCGGCCCACUCGGCGGCCGGGGGGCCGGAGGGGCGGCGGGCGGCGGCGGGGGCGACCGGGCACGGCUGACCCCGCGCCCUCGAACGGCGCCGUGCGCCUGGUGCGGCCCGCGGGCCUGAGUCCCGGCCGCGGGCGCGUGGAGGUGUUCGCGGGUGGCCGCUGGGGCACCGUGUGCGACGACGCCUGGGACACCAAGGCCGCCGCCGUCGUGUGCCGCCAGCUGGGCUUUGCGCACGCCGUGCGGGCCACCAAGCGCGCGGAGUUCGGCGAGGGCCACGGGCUGCCCAUCCUCCUGGACGACGUGCGCUGCGCGGGCGGCGAGCGCAACCUGCUGGAGUGCACGCACGCCGCCGUGGGCACGCACAACUGCGGGCACCAGGAGGACGCGGGCGUCGUGUGCAGCCACGAGGACCCUGACCUGUAGGCGAGCACCUGCCGGCUGGCCAGGCCACCUCCUUCCCGCCGGGGCCGGCAGGGCUCCUCCGCCCUGAGCGCGCCGGGUGCGCGCCCGAGUCUGGAGGCGGAGGGGGCCCAUCUGUAACGCCGUCCUGCGGUCCCGUGUGAGGUGUGUGCAGGGCUCGUGUGCACUCUGUGUCCCUGCCCGUGUGUCUUCUGCAGACCAGAAGCCACAGCAUGUUGGGGUCUGUGUGCUCAUGGGCCCCAGGUGUUCUUUCCUUACUCCCAGACAUCUCAGGCGUGUGCAGGAACACAGUCGGGCCCUGGACCCUGAGCACUGAGGGCUACUUCUCUUCAAGAGCAGACAUGGCCCUUGGCCGAGUUAACAGAGGCACAGCUGGCAGACCGAGGGAGGGGACCAGGCCUGUCCUGCCCAGGGCUGGAGUGGAAGGCCCCGGACCAUCUGGAGCAUGGCCUGAGAACCCAUGGCCCAGCAGUCAGAGGUGCCGAAGAGAACAGGAAGGCAGUGGGGCCAAGGGAAGGUAUUAGACCGAUGGGUCUGGGCUGACCCGUGGGCCAUGGCAUCUGAGUGAGGGUCAGGCUGCCUAGGGGGAGGUGAGCGCCUGGGGAGGGGGUACUGGAUGACCUCUGGGAGAAGCCUUCUGGUCAUCUUGGGCCUCAUUGUCAUGCUGGGUCUAUGUGGGUGCUCUGGGGACAGUGCUGGGUCCCCUGGCCCUGAGACCUGACUCUCCAGUGCUCACUGGGACAGAAGCCACCCAUCUGGCCACUCCAAGCACCACGGCCCCCAGCGAGUGAGUGAGGCAUCAGGAUUCUCCACUUUAAAGGCCGUAUCGGGGGCGCUGGAGCCACUUCGGUCAUCUCCAUCCCCACACGGCUCAGUGAAAUCCCAGGGACCCCCGAUUCCUCCAGCGGUUUCCCCCAGGAGUCCAAAAAGACUACUGAUGCUCUGUCACCCAAAGCUGUGCCAACAACGUCACUGUUUACAACCCC